AUGGCUGCAGGGGUUAUUAGAAAUCUCAGUGAGUUUCGACUCACCACAUCCUACCAGCACCCUUUCUACUGCCAAAUGGACAUUCAAGACUCUUUAAUAGAGGAUGAAGAGGAAGAUGAAGAGGAGGAAGAGGAGGAGAACGAGGGAGAGGAAGAGGGACUUGAAGAGAGGGGAGGUUUAUCUUGCCAUACACAUGGAGGGGAUGAAGGCUGGAGGGAAAAAGCCUCAGCUCCCAGCCCCACAGAGACUACCUACCGUCUUCUUCGCUUUGCCGACCUCAUUAACAGCGACAUCCAGCGCUACUUUGGGCGGAAAAACCGAGAAGAGGACCCAGAUGCCUGUGACAUCUACGAGGACCGCACAUUUCAGGGGAAGUGCGGACGGGAGCGCUACUAUGCAGACCUUGUCAAGAUGGCUCAGACAGGUGACAGUAGUUCUGCAGGGGGUAAGGGAGGGCAAGAGGAGGCCCAAGACUCCCCUUCCACUCCCCUGAAUCUGCCCUGUGAGGUUGACUGCCAGGCCCUUGAGGUGCUGUGCAGCCAGGAGAAUACUCAGCAACUGGGACCUCUGGCUGAGCUCUUUGACUACGGACUGCGCAGGUUUGUGGGAUCAAAUGGAGGAAGCAAGCAAGCUCCCCAGCAGAAAGGAGACAGAAGACAUGGCCACAUUCUGCCCAUGUGCAAGCGUCGUCUACCCCCCAGUUUCUGGACAGAGCCUACGCCCGCACAGCCAGUCUGUAUGCUGAGCACCUCCAACACCCCCGAUUUUAGCGACCUCCUGGCCAACUGGACCACCGAGAGCAGCCAGGAGCUGCACGGAGGAGUCAGAGACUCCCCUCAUGAGUUGACCCGACAGGAACUCGAGACAGAGUACCACAUAUCAUAG